GUUCUGUGAAUCUCCCACCAGUGACGUGGAGAUGCGGAGCGGUCGCGGUCGGGGGAAGAGGAUGCGUCCCGGGAGCAACACACCGUUGAACGACAACAGCAACUCGUCAGACAACAAAGGCAGCGGCAGCAGCAAGACGCGUGGCGCCGCGGCCAACAGCAAAGGGCGGAGAGGCAGCCAGACGGCCGGUGGCGCAGAUGACGCCAAGGCCAGUCCGUCCUCCGCCAAGAGGAAGACCAAACCCGCCUCUGACAUGGAGCCCACCUCCAGCUCCGAGGACACCAAGGCCUCCAAGAGGAUGAGAACCAACUCCACCGGCGCCACGCUCUCCCACUCCGCAGGGAAAGCUGAUCCCCUGCCGCCACCGCAGCUGGACCGCACCUGCCCCUCCCCCGUGCUCAUCGACUGCCCCCACCCCAACUGCAACAAGAAGUACAAGCACAUCAACGGGCUCAAGUACCACCAGGCGCGGGCGCACAACGACCACGACGUCCGACUGGACCAGGACGGAGACAGCGAAUUCGGGGAUGAGCCCGCCCUCCACCCUGACCCCGCCUCCUGCAACGGCGCCGCCAUCUCCCCUGCCCGCUCCACCACGCCGAAAGGGCGAGGCUUUGACGCGCCGUCCCCCUCACCGGGGAAGCUAAAAGGGAAGAAGAAGGCAGGGGAGACGGAGCCUGAGGUGACGGACGGUGGCGAGGAGGCGGCGUGUUUGACGGAUGAGGCCAGCAACGACGGCAUGGAAGACAGGAAGGCGAAGAAAAUGGCUGCCGGAGGCAAGCCUGAUAAACUGACCCAAAAGGGUUUGAAACAGGGCCGCCCCGUCGCCACUAACGCCCCCGUCGCCACCAACACCCCCAACGCCCCCUCACCCUAUGCCCUGCAGGCGUCCUCACCCGCGCUGGGCUCCGUGGUACAGCCCAUCCCCAAGAGCCCCCAGCUGAAGAGCAUCCAGCCCAAACCGCCGCCGCUAGCUGACCCUGCCUCCAGCCCCACGCUCUCCAAGGACAAGAAGAAGAAGGACAAGAAGAAGAGGGAGGGGGGGAAGGAGGGUGACAGUCCAAAGGGAAAGGGCGGGCGGCCAGAGGAGGGGAGGAGCCCGUACUCAGAGGCGUCCGACACUUUGCUCAAUGGCUCGUCAGAGGCUCACCAGAGCCGGCUCGCCAGCAUCAAGGCCGAGGCUGACAAGGUGUACAGCUUCUCCGACAACGCGCCCAGCCCGUCCAUCGGCGUGGCGAGCAGGAUGGAGGCCGGCCUCGGGCCUCACCUCAACCAGAACGGAGCCGACAAUGCCUCCGUCAAGACCAGCAGCCCCGCUUACUCUGACAUCUCUGACGCCGGGGAGGACGGUGAGGGGAGGUCAGAGGGGCCGAAGGUCAAAAUCGAGCCGGAGCAGGCGACCCGUGACAGCGCCAAGAAGGCGCUGUUCCCGCCGCAGGCGCCCAGCAAGGAGUCACCGUAUUACCCAAACUACGACUCUUACUACUCCCCCAGCUAUCCCAACCCCAGCCCAGGGGCCGCCCCCACCGCGCCGCCACACGUGGAGGGAGCCCAGGUGAAGGUGAAGAAGGAGGAGGAGCCUGAGGUGGGGGAGGAGGUCAAACUGAAAGCGGAGCCUCAGGAAGAGAGGAAGGCGGAGGCCGGACCUCAGCAGCCAUCCGUCAUCCAGCAACGCUCCAACAUGUAUGCCCAACCACUGUACUACAACCAGUACUACGUCCCGCCCUACUCCUACGCCCCAGACCAGGCCUACCACGCCCACCUGCUGGCCUCUAACCCUGCCUACCGCCAGCAGUACGAGGAGCGCCAGCGGCAGGCCGACAAGAAGGCUGAGGGCAAAGAGCGGGAGGCGGGGCUUAAAGAGGAGUGGAAGCAGAAAGCCUCGGUGCCCCCCACGCUGUCUCGGGCCCCCAGCCUCACCGACCUGGGCACCAAGGGGGUGCUGAACCCCGCCAAGCCCAAAGAGCUGCCGCCCCCUGCAGAACAGGCCAAGUCCGUCAUCAUGGUUAAAGGGGAGGACCCCAAGGCCCCCGCCGCCCCGCCCGAGGGGCUGAAGAUGAAGCUGAGUGAAGCAGGGCAUCAUGGGAAAGAGGACGCUAAGUCGGGGGUGGAGUCAGGCCGGCCGGUGGGUGUAGAGCCCGCCAUGUGGUACAGACAGGUAGCUACACCUUUUCACACAACGCCCACCAGACAUGGCUGUGCUCCGGCUGUACUCCCACUGUACUCCAGCUGUACUCCCGCUGUACUCCAGCUGUACUCCAGCU